UAUAAGCGCCAAAAACGCACACACAUAAACAUACCACCCUCAAACCCCAAACACCACACCCUACCACCACUCUCUCUUUCUAAAAACCCCCUCACUCUCUCUCUAAUUUCUUACUUUCGAAAAUUUCUCCGAUCAGAUACAAAUCAUCACCGGUACGAAUUCUUCUAUACCGAUGGGCCAGCUCGUAUCGAUUUCAUCUAUCUGCUUAACUUUUGAAUAAAUCUUUUGUUUUAAUUUGAUUUUUUUUUUUUAAAAAGAAAAUUGGUUGGGUUGGGUUUGUGAUUAAUGAAGGAGAUUAGUGUUGCUAUCAGUUCCUUAUGGUGCAGAGUCAGUUGUACUCUUUGGAUUGUUGCAAGUUGCAACUUUUGUAUUUGUUGUUUGUUCAUUAAGGUUGUCCUUCCGUUAUUGAGUUCUCAUAAUAACAAAGAGGAUUUUAUGGGUGUCUGUUUUUCUCCAUUUUCCAGGUUUCACUAUUCUUGAGUGCCGUGUGAUGGAAUCUAGGGUUUAUAACGCCCAAGAGCAGGCAAUAGAAUAGUUUGUGUGUUAUGCAUACAGGUUGAUUUUAGUACGUCUGGGUCCUUUUAUUUUUUGGUUGUAAUUUGGGCGUUUGAUGAUAUGCUAGAACUUCGUGAUUUAUAUUUGUUUUUGUCCCUGGAGGCUGGGUUGGGAUCACAUUACAUGUAGUCUACUGCUCUAAGUAGUUAGCCUUUAGUUUCCGCGAUUGGCAUAUCAGAAACUUGCUUCGCGUAUAUCUCAGUGUUGAAUAGCGAUCAAUCAAAAAAAUAUAUAAGGGAGAAUUAAUUCAGUCUUGAUCAAUGAGGACAGCUCAAGAAUUGGGCAGUCUUUAUUCUGCGGUAUCUCUUUAGUAUUUUAUGCAUUUUGUCCCCAUUUUGCGGCCUUUCGACUGUGAACUUUGAUGUAAUUUCAUUUUCUGUGUAUUCACAGUCGGUUCAUCUUGUUUUAUUGCUGUGCCAAUCUGGUGAUAAUGUGAUUGUUCUCAUCUUUAUUAGCAGUGGAAUCUAUAUGGUUAAAAAUUAUUAUGGUUAAACUUGCUUUCCUCGAGUAUUUUGUGAUAGUAUCACAUAUUGGUCUUCCAACUAUGAUGUAAUUGCAUUACUUUGAUUUUGUUGAAUCUGUUUCAUUAGUUUUAUUUUUUAGCCAAUUGGAAGCAAAUGUGAUUGAUUUUACCCUUCUACAAUGGAAGUAAGUUGGCUCUUCGAAAUUGCUCACAUCAAAAUACUCUAGGUUCUUUGACACCAAAGUGGACCUCUCCCCCAACCCCAAUAGAAAAAUUUGUUCAAUCAGCUAAUCUCGAGAAUAGUUUAGAAGAUCUUCUUUUUUCUAUGUGCAUGGGUGGAUGUAGAAUUCAAUCUAGGGGAUCAUCUAAACCCGUUAGCUUUGGCUCGGACCCUGCAUAAAUUCUUAAUAAUUUACAAGAUAUGUACAAAUAAUUGAUUCGAACCCAGUAAAACAAAUGAGUUGUGGUAGAAUCCCGAACUCAAACUCAUAAGGUUCAAAUCCUGAAUUCGCUUCUAUCUAUGUGCAAUUAUAGUUGUAGCCGUUGGUCAGGAAGAAUUGGUGGAGCAUUUAAGUAUAAUCGCUUUAUGCUUUUCUUUCUCUUUGUCGUCUCCUCUAGUUUAUGAAGUGGAUGUCGUUAUGUGAAUGGGAGAAGUCAAGCUUGCCUUUUGAUUUAAUUGAUCAGAUCCAAGUUAUCCAAUGGGAUGUGACAAACCAGAGAACUUGCCAGACCCUACUUCAUUUCAUGCUUUUGAUGAUCUUGCCCUCAGCAUCAGACAAAGUGGAGCUGUUGAUUAUAACGGUGUUGUCCAAGGUGGGUUCAGUUCAGGGGCUAAUGUCACAUCCUUCCCUUUUGUAUCUCCGCCAGCGGCCCGUCCUCUUCCAGGAAAUGUUAAUGAGAUGAACAACUUUCAGAUGGCCAAUUUGAAGAAUCUCUAUAGCUAUCAUCACCAGCUUGAAACAAAUUUGGCUAAUAUUAGAAAUAUUGCUCCCAGCUUUCCCGCUCCAUCAGGAAUGCCAAAUUCCAUGGGAAAUGCAGCAGAGAUAUACCAUUCAAAUAUGAAUAACAACAUGCUGACCUCCGAUAGUUUCUUGAAUGAAGCUGUCUUGUCCAAGGGAAUUCAAAAUCCAGGGGUCAGCAUGAAUUUUAUGCCUAUGCGAAGCAAUGCAGCUGGAUGUUUUGAAAAGGCUGGGAAAGCCACAGGUAUUAAUCAAAAUAGCUUGCAGGCAAGUGGAACUCCUUUUGACAUAGGGUAUAGCAUGCAGACUACUAAAAGUAUUAGUGGAAUAGGAAUUCACAAUGAUGUCAAGGCCAAUCCUGUUCCUUUUUCUUCCCCAGAAAACAUUGAUGGUAGUUUUCUGACCCUUGGAACAGGAAGUAACAUAGAUAAUAGAUCAAAGUUUAGAUUCAGUGCCAAAGAGGUCAGCAGCAGACUGGGUGAAGCUGUCUUGUCACAAAGUAACAACUCUCAUGUCCAACAAAUGAAAAGAAAUAUCUCAAGUUUAGCUCAUGGUGUUCCUGGUGGUAUUCCAAAUAUCAAUUGUGAUAGUGGUGGUUUGCCAAAUUCAGCCAGGAAUUUCGGUGUUUCAACCUGCUCUUCAAACAAUAAUGAAAUUGUGCUUGCUCCAGGCUCUAGAAUAAGUGCACCUCCAUGUGUUAACUUAACGCCAGACACGCGACUUAAUUCUUCUAACAGCACAAACUUAGGUGCUGUUGGUAAAGCUGAUCUAAGACUCUCUGAACCUGGUCCCUUCAAGUGCGUUCAGGGUGGUUUGCCUCCUCCUUCAUUGCCAUUUAGCAGCAGUUCAACAUUACCCCCUCAUCUUGGAUAUGCUAGAACAGUGGCAGCUCCUGAAUCUGCUCAACCUGUUUGGGUAGCAGCUCCUUUAUCUGCUCAACCUGGUUUGGUAACAGCUCAACCAACUAUUAAGCAGCAGAGUAACUGUUACACAAACAUAUCCAGGAACCAAUCUUUCAUGGAACCUCUUAUUCUCGGUCAUGGUGGCAGCGGAGUGAGGCAAGACCAUUUAGGUCAGCAAUCUUUGGUUAAUGUUCCGCAUCCUUGGGGUAAUAACCUAUUUCCGGAAAGAAUGGGUGCUCAUAUUGCGGGAUGGAGUGGCAUCCAACCUGCCCCUGGCAAUCUAUUUCCUAAGAGGCUAGGUGUCCAGCUUAAUGAUGGGGUUAUUUCUCAAGCUACUCGAGAAGGUGUUCUUCCCGGGAUGGGAGGCAUCCAGCAAAUUAGAAAGGGUAACUCAUAUCAGUCUCGAGAUCAUGGACCUACCAUGCACCCCACUGGACUUCUUCACCCCCCUUUGGUUAUGGGUCAGCCUCAUGGUGGUUCAGCGGCUAAGUAUAAUGUUACUGGACUACCCUAUCAUGCUGGUCAAGGCAUUCCAAUUUCAAAGGUUGAUGCAACACCUCAGGCUUCGAAUAUUCAUGCCCAUGUUUCCCUUAAAAGAAGAGCAAAUGGAGCCCCUCCAGUUGCUCCGAUGUGUCAGCGAAGGAGAACAUUGGCUCAACAUAGAUAUCAACAGCUGAUAGCACAGAGGCAGAGCUCUAAUGCUCCAGUUCCUGCCUCUUCUCCUUCUCUUCCUUUGACGCAUUUAAAGUGCCAAGAUUCUGAAGAAUCGGCUCAACAACCCAUUGGAGAAAAGUGCCUGUUGUGCAAGAGGGAUGUGGCAUUCAACCCCGAAGGCCCUGUGUCUCGGCCCGCUGUUCCACCAGCUGUUGCUGUUCUUCCCUGUGGACACGUAUUUCAUGACCAUUGUCUGCAGAUUAUCACCCCAGAAGACCAGUCAAAAAUUCCUCCUUGCAUUCCUUGCGCUUUAGGUGAAACAUGAUAUGAUCUGUUUCCUCAAAUUCUUUUGGGACGGGAGUGGGGCUUAAAUUUUGUAAUUUGACAUUGCAAAAGACAAUGAAAGGGCUCCCAACUUUUUGUAAAGGGUGUGAACAGGAUUAGGGUAUAGUUCGUGGAACUGUACAUAUAGGAGGUGGUGACAAUAGAGCCCCAUGGGUAGAGAUUAUCCCCAUUAUGUAAAGUUACAUAGAACCUCAGGUUUUGACCCCUGUGAAUGACACAACUAUUAAACUGAACAUCCAACUUACAGCUGUUUUCUCGAGCCGAGGGUCUAUCAAAAAUAGUUUCUCUACCUUCAUCAGGUAGAGGUAAGGCAAUGCGUACACUACCCUCCUAGAUUUCAUUUGUGGGUUUAUAUUGGGUUUUGUUGUUGUUGUAUCCAAGUUACAACUGAUCUCGUCAACAAUGACAUCUAAUUUAUUCAUUAGGAGUACUAUCCAUUAGAUUUCUACUCCUGUGGAUUCUGGUGGAUAACUCACCGCAAGUCACUCUGACGAGGAUCGGUUCUACAAUGAGGAGGUAUUUGAACCACUGUCUCUGUUUCUACCCCUACAUUCAAGUGGGAACUCAUAUUUUCUUAGGAUCGGGUUAUAGUCCUUUGUUUCUAUGUUGGACUUCUUAUUUUUAAUUCUUCAACACCUUC